CAGUCGGUGAUAGUUGACCAGUAUAACGCCAUAGACCACAACACACACCCGGACGAGACGUAGCAGCAAGCCACCUAACAUGAAGGACAACAGUUUGCCCCGAAUUGUGGUUAUUAUCUUGUGCACGGUGGUUUUUAUCGCCGUUUUAAUUGUUAACGCUUUGGCUGGAGCGGGCAGAGGUCCUUUCCAUUCCUCUGCAGGUAAUGUGUCAGGCCGCUAUGAGACAGACAUCACUCCAGCUGGCUGGACCUUCUCUAUCUGGGGUGUUAUCUAUACCUGGCUCACCCUGAUGGUCCUAUACCUCACUACAUAUGUAUUCAGAGGAUCCUGGGCUCAGUGUCUGCUGCCCUACUCCUUCUAUUUUUGCUGGCUGUCCAACAUGGUGAUGAACGUGAUAUGGUUGCUGCUGUGGGAUAGAGAGUUGAUGCUAGCAGCUCUGGUUGUAUUAAUCCUGAUGGCGAUCACCAACUACACUGCUUUGUUCUUCUGUUGCUUUGCCACCGAUUACUACGGCCUCUGGUUACAGACGUACCAUCGCAAAGACCUGGCCUGUCUCCGAAUAUUGGUCCAGAACGGUUUGGCUCUCUACACCACGUGGACUUCCAUCGCUUCUCUGAUCAACUUUUCGUUGGUUCUCCACCUGUGGGGGGUGGACCGGAGCACGGCGGCAACGGCUUCUCUGUGCAUCCUGUUUGCCGAGGUGGUUGGAUGGUUCGUUCUUGAGAACUGGGUGGUGGACCGUUGGGUGCGUAACAUCCUGACAGUGUACCCCGUGGUGAUCGUGGCUCUGGUUGGGAACAUCUACAAGCAUUUUAAUCCAGCUCAUCCCACUCCAAAUUCUGUGUUUAUGGUUGUACUGCUGGUGUUAGCAUGUGUCCUGCUGGUGUCCCGACUCUUUACCGUCAUCUGGAGAAACAAAUGGCGGCCUCUCCACUCCCCAGGCUCUGCACGGCUGAUGAUAUCACCCCUUGAUGGCAGUAAAUUCAAGAUCUUUUCUUAAACAACAAGAACUUGUACAUUUCCUCCUGUCCUGCUCUCAGGCCACUCUCUUAAAUACAUUUUCACACAAGCCACUGCAAUGCUCCACGAGGUUUCAAACUCAUGAAGGUGUUUAACUAGUCAUGGAUUUGCAUAGACAACAUGGAUAAGAACUGUAUUUCUUUAAAUAGACUGGCGGGAAAAAGAAAGAAAAGUGUUCAGAGUCUGUAAUGGGAAGGCAAGAAAACAUCUCUUUUCUCAAACUGCAAUUUAGACAAUGCAAGACUUUCUUUGAAAUAUGAAAUGACUGCUUACCUCUACUUACCAUUAAAUAUCGCCUAUUUGUAAAGCACUUUUUAUACAAAUGCAUGUGUAUGCAUUUCGUUAUCAUUCUUUAUGUAUGUACGUAUGGCUAUUUUAAGGCAGUUUUAUUGUUGCUUUCAUUGCUUUCUUUAUUUGUGUAUCCAUUCAGUGACAAUAGACUAUAUACUGUCAAUAUAAUGUAUGUUGGCUUUUAUACAUUAUCAUUUUAAUAAAAUACUUAGGAGCUUUUUGCUGCUAAUUAAAGCAUUCUUUUAAACAUCUAAUGCGGUCUGAUAUUUCUGAAGAAAUGUAUAAAAUCAACUGCAAAAACACUAUUUGGCUGAAAUGUACAGUAAAGAUAUAUCGGUU